UGUCUGCACUGCAGAGUGGUUUGAGAAAAUCUACCCACCCACAAACAGAAAGGAGACGAGACGAGAGGGCUGGACUGACAUCACUAUUAUAAUCUCUAGCAGUAGCACGCAACGACUCUUGUUUAUUUCAUUCUCAUCUGAUCGGGAAGUGCACAAGGUUUAAAAAUGGCUUUUUUCUGGAAGACCAGCUUAUCGUUUCUCACUCUGCUUUUUGCAGUCGCCGCGGUCUGUGCCCAGGUUGGAGGUGGCAGAAUGCGUAUGGUCGGAGGCAGAACGGACGCGGACAUUGGAGAGGAAGGGGUUCAGGAUGCGUUGAAGUUCGCGGUGGCCGAGUUUAACAAGGCCAGCAAUGAUAUGUACAUCCACAGGGUCUCGAAGGUCGUCAAGGUGCAGAAGCAGGUUGUUGCAGGAAUCAAGUACAUUGUGACAGUGCAGAUGGGUCGCACAUCCUGCAGAAAGGGAGGCGCUGAGAAAAUUGAGCUGUGUGCAUUCCAUGAUGAGCCUGAACUGGCUAAGACAUCCACCUGCACCUUUGAAGUUGUGUCUCGUCUCUGGAUUCCAGAAACUAAGCUGGUGAAAAAUACCUGCACUGAAAAAUCUUAAGUGUUAUCCUUGCUAGAAUUAAUAAUAAAGCAAAGUUUUGUUUUUACCCGACUAUAUUAAUUCAUUUUAAAGAACUAAAACAAAACGGGCACUAGCAGUAUUAAGUAAUAAUGAACUAACUUUUGUAGUAGAAUUGUGUUUACACUUGCACUUAUCAUUCUUGCUGAAAUAGAUUUUCUGUUUUUAAACUGCCUCAAUUUAAUUUUUAGCUAUCGCUGUGCAAUUCAAUUCUGUAACUUUUAUUUUAAACAAAAUAAACACUUAUUAAAAA